GAGAAGAAAAUUCUUCUAAUGGGAAAAAGAAAAACUCUUUCUCUCUCUAGUCUCAAUUUCCCCUACUCUACCGAGCACUUGAAUACUCAUUCAACAUCCCAAAUUCAUCUCUCUCUCUCUCUCUCCAUUUAAUAAAUUGGCAAUUCCUUUCUCACCGCCAAACAAACCCUAGAUAGACACGAGCGCGGAGCCAUGUCCCUCAACCGCAUCCUCACCGCGGCUCGCCGCUCCGAACGGCGGUCCUCCGCCCUAAACUCCAUCCGCUCCCUCUCUGCCGCCCCCGCAGUGGCCCCCUCAGCCGCCUCCCCACCCUCCCCUCCGCCACCCACCGCCAUGAUCUACGAUCGCGUUGCCGAAGCCGUCAAGUCCAAACUCCACCAACUCGAAAACCCCGAUCCCCGCUUCCUGAAACACGGUUCCCCCCGCCCCACCCUCUCCGACCACACGCGCAUCCUCUCCGCCCCCGAAACGCGCGUCACCACUCUCCCCAACGGCCUCCGCGUCGCCACCGAGUCUACCCUCUCCGCCCACACCGCCACCGUCGGCGUCUGGAUCGACGCGGGGUCCAGGUUCGAGACUGAGGAGACCAAUGGAACUGCGCAUUUUUUGGAACACAUGAUCUUCAAGGGCACCGAGAGACGCAACGCUCGUGAACUUGAGGAGGAGAUCGAGAACAUGGGAGGACACCUUAACGCCUACACCUCCAGAGAACAGACCACAUAUUAUGCUAAGGUUACAGACAAGGAUGUUCCACACGCGCUGGAUAUUCUCGCCGACAUUCUCCAGAACUCGCGAUUCGAUGAUAACCGCAUCAGCCGCGAGCGUGACGUCAUUCUCAGGGAAAUGGAGGAGGUUGAGGGUCAGACAGAGGAAGUGAUCUUUGACCAUCUGCAUGCAACGGCGUUUCAGUACACUCCUCUUGGUAGAACCAUUCUUGGACCUGCUCAGAACAUUAAGACAAUCACCAAAGCUCAUCUGCAGAACUACAUUCAGACACACUACACGGCUCCUAGGAUGGUGAUAGCUGCAUCUGGAGCUGUCAAGCAUGAAGAUAUUGUUGAGCAAGUGAAAAAAUUGUUUACCAAGUUGUCAACAGAUCCCACCACAACUUCUCAAUUAGUUGCAAAAGAACCAGCUACUUUUACUGGUUCUGAGGUUAGAAUGCUUGAUGAUGAUAUUCCCCUUGCACAAUUUGCGGUAGCUUUUGAAGGGGCAUCUUGGAAGGAUCCGGAUUCAAUUGCUCUGAUGGUCAUGCAAGCUAUGUUGGGUUCUUGGAAUAAGACGGCAGGAGGUGGAAAACACAUGGGUUCUGAGUUAGCACAACGAGUUGGCAUUAAUGAAGUUGCAGAGAGCAUGAUGGCUUUCAAUACCAAUUAUAAGGACACAGGUCUUUUUGGUGUAUAUGCUGUUGCUAAGCCUGAUUGCUUGGAUGAUUUGUCCUAUGCAAUAAUGUAUGAGACAACCAAGUUGGCUUACCGUGUCUCAGAAGAUGAUGUUACACGUGCUCGUAAUCAGCUGAAAUCCUCACUUCUGCUUCACAUAGACGGAACAAGCCCAGUAGCAGAAGAUAUUGGCCGUCAGCUACUCACAUAUGGUCGAAGAAUCCCAUUUGCUGAGUUGUUUGCUAGAAUUGAUGCUGUUGAUGCCAGUACCAUUAAACGGGUUGCAAACCGAUUUAUCUAUGACAAGGAUGUUGCUAUUGCUGCCAUGGGACCUGUUCAGCGUUUGCCUGAUUACAACUGGUUCAGACGCAGAACCUACUGGAACCGCUAUUAGUUCAUCUUAGUUUUUUUGCUUAAUUUCAACUUCAUGGGAGGUCCGGCAUAAUGUUUUGUUCAAAUUUAUAUCAUGUAUGCUUCUGGAUGGCUGCCCUGGCUGUCAAUUUUCAUUUAUUUGUUAUGGACCCCUCUGUUUUUGUAACAUUUUUGCAGUAAUAAGUAUGCUGUUGUCAGUGAUGUAAUUUGCAUCAUUCCAUACUAUUUCUUGUUGAAUAUGAUAUUGCCUAAAAAGUUGCUCUGGUUUCUCUUGAACUU